CGCAGACUGCUGUUUCAUUGAGCCUACUGGUGUUGUAUGGGUAGUGAAAGGUUGGGCUCUUAUAGUGUGUGUUUUGUUGUCACUGCUGCAUGCCUCUAUUUCCAGUACCAAAUAAUUAGACAUUAACUAUGUGCGGAUAUAAUUUGCAUCACAUGUAUUGCACCCACUUAAUGGUCAGUGAUCGGGGUUUUAUUUUGGAAUUCAGCCCAGAGAGUGACGUUUUUCUUCUUCGCACUUGACUCUGUGGAUCAAUCCAGGAGCGCUGCAAGGCACUACCUGUCUGUGUGCAGUACCCUGGUGCGGGGAGAGACGCAUCUCUCUUCUCAUGAUUUUAGUUUUUCUUUUCUUUUGACUAUUUCAUUAAUGGACUCUGUUUUGCUGUCUUUACAUCUGGAACUACGCAUUACGACUGUGAUUGCCAUGGAAAACAAACAUUUUACAGGGAAGGUUCCAGCGGGAGAGGUUUUACGCAUCGCACAUCUUGGAGCAUCGAGACGGGAUGCAGUGUAGGCAAUAUACAAAUUGCAGACUAUUAGAGAAACUGCGCUCUGCGUGUGGACUGUUUGCAAUGAGGUACGGUUUGGUUGUUCUCGCAGCUGGGUUUACAGCUGUUCUAAGCUUUAGCCUCCUCGCUGUGGCUAUUGGGACUGAUUACUGGUACAUUAUCGAUGUGAAUAAACCCAACUGCUCAGGACCAGACGACCUGAGUUCGCAUUCUGGACUGUGGAGGAUUAAUGAAGGGGCAAACAUGAGCUCCGUGAUCCCUACCUUCACAGCAAAUAUGUCAAGUCUGUCAGAAGCGGAAAGGCACCUUCUUGGCUUGCACAAGGUGGUGGUCAUCAUGUUGCCACUCAGCCUUGUUCUGCUGGUGUUCGGCUGGAUAUUUGGACUUGUUAGUUCGUUGGCCUGCAGUCCCAACCUGCUGGCUGGAUCAGCCUCCUACUUUCUCUGCUGCAGUAUUUUUACACUCUCUGGGGUCUGCAUCUACAUCAAGUACUCAAACCUGGCCAUGGAGGAGUUCCAGCGGAUGGUGUCUCCAGAGAAUCUCGCCCAUGUGAAUGUAUCAUUCGGCUGGUCCUUAGCCACAGCCUGGCUCUCUUACAGCCUGGAGGUUGCCACUGGCCUGCUGCUCAUGCUAGCUGCUCGAAUUACUCAGAUGAAGGGACGCUUUGACUCCGGUGUAGCCAUUGCCAUGUUAUAGAUUGAUAUUUUUUAAUGCUCAUGGGAAUUUUGCAACAAACAAGAUGGUUCUUUAUUGCAGGUUUUCAUUCUUUUAAUUAAUUCAUUUUUUGUACUGAACUUUACUGAAGAGAUUUUAAAAAUAUGUGUAAUAUCACCAGGGGGUCAAGGGAAGAGACAGCACAAUGAAGAUACAAGCUGGAUUUACAUAAUUGCAACCAUAUAGAUGAUAAAAAAGGGCCACAGUUUUCACCGGCUUAUUGUGAAGCCAGCCUUUCAUCCUCUCGCUAUUAUUAAAUAUCCAUUGUGCCAGUCUAAAGUUAUAUCAUAAAUGUGUCCACACAAACAUAACAAAAAGGGUUUUUCAGUCAUUUCCACCUUUUAUUGCAAGAUUCCAUUCAAAUGCAUGUAUAGCCAAUGACAUUGUAAACAACAGAGUGUGAGGAACACAGUGAAUUCAGCAGGAGGUUUUCUGUGAGAUCUGGAAAUACGAUUGUAAUUCAGAGAGCAGCUUCAUCUACGACUCAAAUGCAAACUCACUGCCCUGCAAUAUGAACGCAAGCAAAUGGAGAAUGAAGUUGUAUGGGAUUGUUUCCUUUUUGACAUUUGACAUAUAAAUAUUUUGCGGACAACUUCCACACCUGCUCUAUAUGUAUACUGCUUUUAAAUGGGCUAUAUCAGUGAAUAAGGGUAUUUCAUUCAAGUGAAAACAUUGAUAAAUAGAUAACAUAGAUAACAACCUGACAGGUAAUUCAUCCAUAGGCUCUAGCACACAGCCAGGACUGCUAUAGUUAAGUAGUAUAUGAUAGAACGGCUGUUGCAUUGUUGAUCCAUGUGGUAGAGGCAAUUUGCAUAUUUUAGCUUCUGAAAAGCAGUUAGCGUUUGGUUGAUGUACAAUGUUGGCUUGUGAUUUUUUAGAGAAAAUGUAAGUAUUUGCUUUCUGCUCAACAAACUUCCUACUGUAUACCCAUCGUACUGAUGAAUGCAUUAAAGCAAGGCUAAAGAUAAGAGCACUCUUGAGGGUGCUGCAAGUUGUUUUCAGCAGCACAUAAUGUAUGCACGUAUUGCUGCACGCUUUGCAGUAGUUACCUGCCAGAUGUUGCAGUAGUCUGUCUAUGCUGUCGAUCCACAUGCUCUCUGUAUACUGGAAGUUAAAAGAACAAAUAUAACUAUAUAUUAUUGAUAUAUGUAUUGUUUGUAUUGUGUUGCCGUCAUGUUUGAUUUAUUUGCUAUUUAACGUCUGUGACACACUGUAAUGAAAUUGUACAAAAUUGUCUUGAAGAUUUUUUGUGUUGUGAGACAAUAAGACCAUUUAAAACAUUGGAUAUUAUGCUCAUUGAGGCUUGUAUGUGUGUUUCAUGUGUUCUGUUUGCAAUUCAACUGUGAGACAAAACCUAACUAACUGUUGCAAUU